CGGAAAGAGGAUUUUCACGGCUUCGUUUUUUGGCGAGUUGCGUACGAAAACGGCUAGGACCUUGUUGGAGGAAGAUAAAGUAGUGUUUCCGCCGGAUAAACUGGUACUAGAAGAACAAGUAGAAGAAGACGAAGACGAGAAACAAAUAACACCAGAAUCCGAGGAACAUGCAGCAAAAGAAAAAAGAACUACAACUUCAUCUAGUAAAAAUAUGACAAGUAUUAAUAUCUCGUCUCAUAGGAGUGGUCCUUAUCCUGCAUCUUCUGAUGCUGCCGUGGUCCCUGAUGCUCCUGAACCUGACGCCGACCCCGACGCGAAGACAUACCGAUUGUGGUCGCUAGUUCCGUGGUACGAUGACGCUGUUAUAUCUGACCGCCUACUGGCCUUCAUCCAUGACACGGACGAACAAGAACUUUAUUGCUUAUGGAAAGAGCUGGACGAAUUGGGUGCAACUACUACUGCGAGUUACUCUAAUUGUUCGUCCUCGGAUGAUAAUAUCGACAUGACGUCUGAAGCUUCAACUCCAACUGCCAGUCCAACUACAAGUCCGUCCUCGACUUCGAAUUCUACUUCUGAAAGUAUCGAACAAACAGUCGCAGAUGAAGUAGGACGUCCCCCGCGUGAACUUGGGGCUGACGAGCCAAGAAUGCAGA